AUGAAGCGAGGUCCAUAUAAAUCCUACUUGAAUCCGGGUGGUAGUGGUAUUAUGCCCCGAUCAACAUUUUAUGGAAAAUUGAAGAAGUAUCGAACUGAUAUUGCGAAUACAAAUGAUCAAAUUUCAAAUCAAAACGUUUAUGAUGAUGAUGAUACAAAUGCAAAUGUUCCAUCGUGUCACAAGGAAAUUUUAGUUGACGACUCAUUCUCAAUUGAUUCUGCGGCUGAAACUGAUGUUUCUUCUAACAAUCAACAAACUUUAACUACCACCCAUUCAUUAUAUAAUUCGUGGCUUUUUGAGGACUUUAAUGAACAAUCCUUUCAUGAAGAAAUCUGGUUUGACGCCGAAAAUUCAUCACUGAUAGAUGACCAUAAUAUGGAUUAUAAUAACGAAGCUAGUGAGGAAGUAAAUGAGGUUAAAGAUGAAAAUUUCAGUUACCACAAACCACUUUGUAAUUGUUCGACGAUCACACAAGGAGAAGCUUUAAUGAUGACACUAGCAUUAGGAGCUGAAGAAUCCCUCCCAUGGAAAACUAUUAUUGCGAUCUUGUCAAUGAUCAAUACAUUAUUCCAAAAUGACGUUGUUCCUGCUUCAAAAUAUAAAUUAUUCGAAAUUUUAAAACUAAACGAAGAUAUUCUUGUAUAUCAUUUAUACUGUAAUGAUUGUCAUCAUUAUUUUGGCGCUCAAAAGAAAUUUAGUAAAGAUAAAUUUCAAUGCCCAAUUUGUGGUGAUGAUGAUGAUGAUGAUGAUGAUGAUGAUGAACAAUCGCCGGAUAUUUGUUAUUUUUUAACAUUUGAUAUUUCUCUACAACUAAAAUCAAUGUUAGAAGAUGAAGAAGUUCAAAAAGUUUUAAUGAAGAAUAUUCUAAGAAAGAAUUGCAAUAACAACAGCAAUGACCUCCGAAGUAUGAGAGAUGGUGAAAUAUAUAAGCAAUUAUCCAUGGAAAAUAAUCCUUUUUCAACAGAAUAUAAUUUUUCAUACACUUUCAACACCGGUGGUUGUAAACCAUCGACAUCACGCAAGCAUUCUGUUUGGCCUAUAUAUAUUUAUAUCAAUGAUCUAUCUCCAAAACUUAAUUCCAAGCACAUGAUAAUGGCAGGCUUGUGGGUUAAUAAAAAAGAACCUGAUAUGUUACUUUUUUUGCAACCAUUCGUCAAUGAAGCAAAUAAAUUAUCAGAGAAAGGUAUAGAAUGGAAAUUACAACAACAAACCAUAACCAGCAAGUUCAUCCCUAUCUGCGCCUCAGUUGAUUCAGUAGCAAGAUGUAUGAUUUUAAAUAUGAAAGAAUAUGAUGGAACUUACGGUUGCACAUUCUGCGAACAUCCGACGGAAUGUGUUGAUAAUUUCCAAAAAUUUUCCAUGACAAUGAUUGUUCCAAAAGAGCGUACAGACAAAUCAAUUAAAAACCAAAUGGUACAAACCGCUGAGAUUCAAGAAGGUAAUGAUGUCAUGGGUGUGUUGGGGCCAUCACCAUUGAUGAAUUUAGACUAUUUUAACAUUGCUGAUGGGAUGUCGCCGGAUUAUAUCGACGCUGUUUUAUUAGGUGUAAUAAAAGAACAUACUGAAAUUUUGCUAUCUUCACUCGGUGAAGAUUAUUAUGUAGGUAAUCCGAACCAACUAGAAGUAUUAAAUACAAGACUCUCAAGCUUUAAGCAUCCUACAUGUAUAACUCGAUCUCCACCAACAUUAACUGAUAGAAAAAUGUGGAAAGCAACGGAAUGGCGAUCAUGGCUUCUAUUUUAUUCUCUUAUAUGCUUCAAGGGAAUUCUUCCUCAAAAAUAUUUUGAUCACUUAGCUAUAUUGGUGGAAGCUAUACAUAUUUUAUUAUCUGAUAAAAUUAAUUAUGAUGAAUUGGACAUGGCGUUAUUUGUUUCAAAAAGCUUUAUCACCAUUAAAAAUGGACCCUUUUUACAAUUUUGUGAAAGGAAUUUGACUGGUUGUUUAAAAAAUAUUUUCGAAAUAGACGGCUGUAUACUAAUCGACAAAGGAAAAGAAUACUAUUUGAAUGAUAAUGAGCAGAAACUUGUGAAUAGAUUAGAUAAAUGUAAGUCUUUCAAUAGAAUUAUCUACAACAGAAAAAGGUAUACAUCAAAAAGUUAUUGCCCUUGGGAAAAAAUUGAUGAUUCUGUAAUAUUAUUAAAAAAUGACAAAAUUGGUAUAAUUAACAAUAUUUGUUACUUCAAUUCUCACGAAAAUGAGAAAAAAAUAUACAUAUUUUACGAAGAAGUCAUAAGAUUGAGGAAAUAUUUUUAUUCAUCGAAAAAUGUAACUGUACAGAGCAUAGAAGAAUGCAUUAUUACCAAAAAUUUACAAUUUUGUGAAGUGAAGAUGAUAUUACGACCGUGUAUGUUAACGGCAGUACAAAGUAAACAUUAUGUCAUUUUCGUACCACCAGGAUGUUAUGGUGAUUAA